UUCCAAUACAAAAAACACCUAAAAACACACACUAUUAAAAAAACGAAACAAACAUACCCUAGUUCGACAAAAUUACUUGUAAUGGAAAGAUCAACCUUCUAAAUUUGUUGUACAUAAUUCUUGGCCAAGAAUACAUACAUACAUAUAUAUAGCAAAGUCAAUGGGGGGAAAAAUUACAAUUUUAGAUUAUGUUCCCAUGAUUUGGUUUUUGUGUUGAUUUCACUUCAUACUAGGAGGAUUUUCUUUUUUCUUCCCUUUCCUUAACAUCUCUCUCCCAUUUCUUUCUCCUCCUUUGAGCUCUCUCCUGCUUCAAGAUGCAACAUGAACCAAUCAAACUCGUUGUCUCAUCAUCAAUCCCCUCCUCAUGAUGAUACAUCGGAAUCGGAUCCGCCAUCGGAAUCGAAACCAGGGCCGACAUCCAACCCCCCGAACAUCAUAUACGUCCAGCAUUUUGCUUCAGCAAACAAUAAACCAACCCAUGAAACAUCAUGGUCAACCAGCAUGUAUGGAUGCUUUUCAGACAUGAAUACCUGUGUUGUAACGGCGUGCUGUCCGUGCAUAACUUCAGGACGCAUUGCAGAAAUUGUGGAUGAAGGAAAAACAUCAUGUGUAGAAGGGGUGAUAAUGUACGCGCUGUUUUCUCUGUUUUGUAUAAAUUGCAUAUACACUGGCAACAACCGAUCCAAAAUGAGGAAACAACAUAUGUUGAAGGGGAACGACUGCCAUGAUUGUCUUGUUCAUACUUAUUGCACUGCUUGUGCAUUAUGUCAAGAAUACAGAGAGCUCUAUCGUCUAGGUUUAGACCCUGGCAUUGGCUGGCAUGAAAAUCUUGAGAGACAAAAACAUGCAGUGGCUGUGUUCAAAAUAACACCACCACGAGUGGAAGGAGGAAUGAUGAGAUAGAAAUCCUGACAAUUUUUUUUUUUUUUCUGGAAGUCAAAGGUUUCUCUUUCAGAUAUACAUCUACCUGAUAUGAAAUUAAGAUG